ACUGCUAGCAGCCCGAAACUCGCAAACCCCCACCAGAAAUGUCUAUGUGGCUUUAAUGUGAACUGUUAAAUCGAAAGUUUGUAAAGAUAGUUCAGUAUGAAACAUUUUGCACUUUUCUUGUUUUGGGUGUUUUGCCAAGCCAUGGCAAACCAAGACGAGCGGUUGCCGAACAAAUGCGAAGUUUGUAAGUUACUGACUGUGGAGCUGCAGGGCGCCUUGGAGAAAAGUGGCCGAUCCAAGGAGGUUCUAGAGAUUGGGGAAGUUUUGGACACUGGCAAACGAAGACGCAAAAUCAAAUACAAUACCUCAGAGACUCGACUUACUGAGGCUAUGGACAACAUCUGUGAAAGAAUUCUGCAGUAUAAAGUACAUGCUGAGAGACCAGGGAGCCUUCGCUAUGCUAAGGGCACCAGUCAAACAAUGAGCACACUGAAGAACCUGGUAGAUAAGGGAGUAAAGGUUGAACUGGGGGUUCCUUAUGAACUGUGGGAUGAGCCAUCAGUGGAGGUGGCAGAGAUGAAGAGACAGUGUGAGACGAUGUUAGAGGAACAUGAAGAAGUUGUAGAGAACUGGUACUUCCAUCAUCAAGAAGAGAGACUUGAUAAAUUCUUCUGUGAGGCCCAUGUCCUGAGAAACUCAGACCAAGAGUGCCUAAAGGAGGUGUGGAAAGGUGACAUGGGAAUGAAGGAAUCGGUGCAAGAAAGUGAUGUAGAGGGAGAAAAACAGACCCAUGACUCAGGAGAACUAUGAAUGCAGAGCUGUAAUGAUUGAUUGAAUGCGUGCCACCUGCAGGACAUGUGGGCUUCAGCUUGAAAGAACACGAUUCUCAUGAUAGUUGAUAAAAUAAUUGCUGACCACAAGAAAGAAGAUAAUGAAGCAGCUCUGUCAAAACUUUACACAUUUGCCCUUCUUGCCAGAUGGAAUUUUGCCAGUCCUUGCUGUUUUACCUCUUUGUCCAGUUGUUUACCCAUUUACACAUUUUUUAUUCAGUGUUACCAAUAAUUAAGACACUGACAAUUGUUUUGUGAGUCUAAACAUUUAAGACACUGUAAGACACUAGAUUUUAUAUUUGAGUAUUUUGUCUCCUACACCUUUGUCUUGUUUACAGAUUUGAGAAGCAGACAGUUUUUGGAUUGUGUAUUUUUGAGACCUAUAUAUGGAUUUAUGUUUGUCAUUGUUGCCUUUAUGCAAUAUGUACAGUUUUUAAAAAUAUAUUUUUCAAAAUGUAUUGUUGAUAUUUUUGCCUUUUUUAUUUGGUGGUGUAACAAAGGGUCCACGAUAUAUUUAUCUUCACAUAAAUCAACCAUCAGGUUCUUUGCUUGUCA